AUGCAACUACCAAUUUUAACUUUAAUCUUGCAUUGGUUCAUAGCAGUUGUUGGAGCUGCAGCUGACUACUACAAUAUACUAGGCGUGAAACGUGAUGCUUCAACUUCACAAAUUAAAAAAGCGUUUCGCAGUUUGGCGCUUAAAUAUCAUCCAGACAGAAACAAGGACCCUUCCGCAAACGAGAAAUUUCGUGAAAUUGCUGAAGCUUAUGAAGUACUGGGCGAUGAACAGAAACGACGGCAGUAUGAUGCUGGUGAUUGGUCAUUUGUUGAAAGACAACAUACGAAAGAUUUUGAUUUUGAUAAUUUCAUGCGGCAUUUUCAAGAAAGUAUGAAUUUUCAUCGAAGUAAUCAUGCAAAUGCUCAUUGGAGUCAGCAUCAGAAGGCAACCCAUGGGCAUAGUAUAUUUGAUGAUCUUUGGGAUGGUUUUGAUGAAUUUGCUACAUUUGGUAAUUUUGAGAACACGGGACCGUUUGGCGGAUUCAGUGACAUGCUUCAGUUUGGUGAUUCGCAUAAACAACCAGCCUCAAUGUAUUUCAAGCAGUCAAAUCUAGGAGGUAUUUUCAAAUUUGUGGUAAUGUGUGGUUUUCUUUUCAAAGAGACAAGAUUUUAUAGUCAGAAAUGCCGAACGGUAACCAAGCAGUCGGGUAACUCGAUUACUACCCAUACAAUCUGUACGAAUGUCUGA